AUAAAAUUUUUAUAUCUUUUGCAACGUGUAUUUUCAUUCGCUCUAGAAUCUUAUGAUUUUUUUCUGAAAUCAUUCUUUUUGACGUAGGAUCGUUUCUAUACUUUUUGUAACAUAUUCCUAGUAUCUUAUCUUCAUGUGCUCGAUACCAAAGACAAGUGCUUUAAAUCUAUUUACUCGAUGUCCCGGAUUAUACUGUGGGAGAGAAUUGCUCUCUGAUGGCAACUGGAGUGACUGCGGUGCAUGUCCUCGUGGGUUCAGAGCAAAUGCCUCUUCGAUAUGUAUACCUUGCGAUGACGAACCAAUGCUUUACGAUUGGCUCUAUCUAGGAUUCAUGGCAUUAUUAGCCUUAGUAUUACAUUGGUUUUGUAUUGACAUGGUAUCCAUGAGGCGCAACAUACCUAAAAAAGUAAUUGUACUACACUUGUCUGCUCUGUUGGAAGUUGUUUCUGCAUCUCUGAUUACUUUGCAACUGACUGAUCCUGUAGGCAGUUUUUCAGUUAGGUCAUGUAAAGUUACGAAACUUUCAGACUGGUACACAUUGUUGCACAACCCUAGCCCGAAUUAUGAAGAAACCUUGCAUUGCACACAGGAAGCUGUUUAUCCUUUGUACACGAUGGUGUUCAUUUUUUAUGCUUUAGGAACAGCUAUAAUGUUAAUGAUAAGACCAAUCAUAGCCAAGAAAUUUUUGCCAAAAAAAGGAAAAUUUUCAAUUUAUGCUGCUCUUUAUUUCUACCCCAUUUUAGCUUUAUUACAUGCAGUUGGUGGUGGUCUAAUAUAUUAUUCAUUCCCAUAUAUAACUAUAACAUUGUCUGUACUAUCCAAUGCAGCACACUUUUCAUUUAAAUUAAAUCAGUCAAUGAAAGCAUUGUUGUUGAGCUGUGUAUCAGAUAUGAAGAAUGCAAUAGUUAUUUUAGGUCAUUGGCUGUUGUAUGGAUAUGGUUUAAUGGCCGCGGCAACUUUCCAAGGUCUCGGCAUUCAUCCAGCAAUGCUUGCUUUAGUUCCUUUACCUGCGCUGUUUUAUAUUCUUACUGCAAGGUUCACAGAUCCACAUAAACUUCAUAUAGAAUAAUAAAAUUUAUUGCAUUAUAACAAAAAGUCUUUUCUUUAAAAAACAAUAAUGGAUUAAUUAUAAAAUAUUAUAUUUUUACUGCAUCAUAUUUAAUUAUAUUUUCCACAAAAGCAAUACAUAAUUGUAAUAAAUACCAUUACAUAAUAAGCAGAAGAUUAUUGAUUGAUUAGAGUCUUUUCUUAUAUUUAAUUCUUUGGAACAAACGUUAAAACAAUUGUACUCUUGCCAGAUAUAGGAACCUUGUUCGAAGGUAACUUUGUUCUGAAAAAGAGAUUUCAUUAAAAUAAUUAUUAAUAUUUCAUAAAAAAAA